GGACUCCGCAGGGCGGCAGCUUUGCUCCGGGAGCCAUGGGCCUCGCUGCAGGAAGAGUAGCAGCCUCUCAGGGUUGGUCUUGAUUCCACUCUUCUAAGAAACACUAACUCAAAAGAAAAAUGGCAUUUGUUGCAACACCCGGGGCUACAGUGGUUGAUCAAACCACUCUGAUGAAAAAAUACCUUCAGUUUGUGGCUGCUCUUACAGAUGUAAAUACACCGGAUGAAACAAAACUGAAAAUGAUGCAAGAAGUUAGUGAAAAUUUUGAGAAUGUAACGUCAUCCCCUCAGUAUUCUACAUUCCUAGAGCAUAUUAUUCCUCGAUUUCUUACAUUUCUACAAGAUGGAGAAGUUCAGUUUCUGCAAGAGAAACCAGCACAGCAAUUGCGGAAACUAGUUCUUGAGAUAAUUCAUAGAAUACCAACAAAUGAACAUCUUCGUCCUCAUACCAAAAAUGUUUUGUCUGUGAUGUUUCGAUUCCUGGAGACUGAAAAUGAAGAAAAUGUGCUUAUUUGUCUAAGGAUAAUUAUUGAGUUGCACAAACAGUUCCGUCCAACAAUCACACAAGAAAUUCAUCAUUUUUUGGACUUUGUGAAACAGAUAUACAAGGAGCUUCCAAAAGUAGUGAAUCGUUAUUUUGAAAAUCCCCAAGUGAUCCCAGAUAACACAGUUCCUUCCCCAGAAAUGGUUGGUAUGAUUACAACACUUGCUGUGAAAGUAAAUCCUGAACGUGAUGACAGUGAGACAAGAACACAUUCUAUAAUUCCUAGAGGGUCUCUUUCCUUGAAAGUGUUGGCUGAAUUGCCCAUAAUUGUUGUUUUAAUGUAUCAGCUCUACAAACUGAACAUUCACAAUGUGGUUGCUGAAUUUGUGCCAUUGAUAAUGAAUACUAUUAUAAUUCAGGUAUCUGCCCAAGCCAGGCAACAUAAACUAUAUAAUAAGGAAUUGUAUGCUGAUUUCAUUGCUGCUCAAAUUAAAACACUGUCAUUUUUAGCUUAUAUUAUAAGAAUUUAUCAGGAUUUAGUUGCAAAAUAUUCUCAGCAAAUGGUAAAAGGAAUGUUACAAUUAUUAUCAAAUUGCCCAGCAGAAACUGCACAUCUUAGAAAGGAGCUUCUCAUUGCUGCCAAACAUAUUCUUACUACAGAUUUAAGGAGCCAAUUCAUUCCAUGUAUGGAUAAACUGUUCGAUGAAUCUAUACUAAUUGGUUCUGGAUACACUGCUCGAGAGACUCUGAGGCCACUUGCAUACAGCACACUGGCAGACUUGGUGCAUCAUGUCCGUCAGCAUUUACCUCUCAAUGACCUCUCCCUUGCAGUCCAGCUGUUUGCCAAGAAUAUUGAUGAUGAGUCAUUGCCCAGUAGCAUCCAGACUAUGUCUUGCAAGCUUUUGUUAAACUUAGUAGAUUGCAUCCGUUCCAAAAGUGAGCAAGAAAAUGGAAAUGGGAGAGAUAUUCUAAUGAGAAUGUUAGAGGUUUUUGUUCUGAAAUUUCAUACCAUUGCUCGGUAUCAGUUGUCUGCAAUUUUUAAAAAAUGUAAACCUCAGUCAGAGCUUGGAGCAGCUGAAGCAGCUUUGCCUGGGGUACCUACGGGUCCCACAGCACCUGCUCCUGCACCUUCACCAGCCCCUACCACACCUGUAGCUCCAGCACCAGUACCUGUUUUUGAGAAACAAGGAGAAAAGGAUAAAGAAGAUAAGCAAACAUUCCAAGUUACAGAUUGUCGGAGUUUGGUAAAAACUUUGGUUUGUGGAGUCAAGACAAUUACAUGGGGAAUAACUUCAUGUAAAGCACCUGGUGAAGCUCAAUUCAUUCCCAACAAACAGUUACAACCCAAAGAGACACAGAUUUACAUAAAACUUGUGAAGUAUGCCAUGCAGGCUUUAGAUAUUUAUCAGGUCCAGAUAGCAGGAAAUGGACAGACGUAUAUUCGAGUAGCCAACUGUCAGACAGUUAGAAUGAAAGAAGAGAAAGAAGUGUUGGAACAUUUUGCAGGGGUCUUCACAAUGAUGAAUCCUUUAACAUUUAAAGAAAUCUUUCAAACUACAGUCCCUUAUAUGGUGGAAAGAAUCUCAAAAAAUUAUGCCCUUCAGAUUGUUGCCAAUUCUUUCCUGGCAAAUCCCACCACCUCUGCUCUGUUUGCUACAAUUCUUGUUGAGUAUCUCCUUGAUCGACUGCCAGAAAUGGGCUCUAAUGUUGAACUCUCCAAUCUGUAUCUCAAGCUGUUCAAGUUGGUAUUUGGUUCAGUUUCUCUCUUUGCAGCUGAAAAUGAACAAAUGCUGAAGCCUCACUUGCACAAGAUCGUGAACAGUUCUAUGGAACUUGCACAAACGGCCAAGGAGCCCUACAACUAUUUCCUGCUUCUUCGAGCUUUAUUUCGUUCCAUCGGUGGGGGAAGCCAUGAUCUUCUCUAUCAGGAAUUCUUGCCUCUCUUACCAAACUUGUUGCAAGGGCUUAAUAUGUUACAAAGUGGCCUUCACAAGCAACACAUGAAAGAUUUAUUUGUGGAACUGUGUCUUACUGUACCAGUUCGACUGAGCUCUCUUCUACCAUAUCUCCCAAUGUUAAUGGAUCCCUUAGUAUCGGCUCUUAAUGGAUCUCAAACAUUGGUUAGCCAAGGCCUUCGGACUCUUGAAUUAUGUGUAGAUAAUCUCCAACCGGACUUUCUUUAUGAUCACAUUCAGCCAGUGCGGGCUGAACUAAUGCAGGCUUUGUGGCGUACUUUAAGGAAUCCUGCAGAUAGCAUUUCUCAUGUGGCCUACAGGGUACUUGGUAAAUUUGGUGGAAGUAACAGGAAAAUGUUAAAGGAAUCUCAGAAACUUCAAUAUGUUGUAACUGAAAUUCAGGGACCUAGUAUCACAGUAGAGUUUUCAGAUUGUAAGGCAUCCAUUCAACUUCCAAUGGAAAAGGCGAUUGAAACUGCUUUGGACUGCUUGAAAAGUGCAAACACAGAACCAUACUAUCGGAGGCAAGCAUGGGAAGUAAUAAAAUGCUUCUUGGUGGCCAUGAUGAAUUUGGAUGAUAAUAAACAUGCCUUAUAUCAGCUUCUUGCACAUCCAAACUUUACAGAGAAGUCCAUACCCAGUGUAAUCAUUUCACAUCGAUACAAAGCACAAGAUACCCCAGCCCGUAAAACUUUUGAACAGGCAUUGACUGGAGCAUUCAUGUCUGCUGUCAUUAAGGAUCUUCGACCUAGUGCUCUACCUUUUGUAGCCAGCUUAAUUCGUCAUUAUACUAUGGUAGCAGUGGCUCAACAGUGUGGUCCUUUUUUGCUGCAGUGCUACCAGGUGGGAAGUCAACCCAGUACAGCCAUGUUUCACAGUGAAGAAAAUGGGUCAAAGGGAAUGGAUCCUUUGGUGCUUAUUGAUGCGAUAGCCAUUUGUAUGGCAUAUGAGGAGAAAGAACUUUGUAAAAUAGGGGAAGUAGCUCUAGCUGUGAUAUUUGAUGUAGCAAGUAUCAUCCUGGGCUCAAAAGAAAGAGCUUGUCAACUUCCACUCUUUUCUUACAUUGUGGAACGUUUGUGUGCUUGCUGUUAUGAACAAGCUUGGUAUGCAAAACUAGGGGGUGUGGUGUCUAUUAAAUUCCUCAUGGAACGACUGCCUCUCAUCUGGGUCCUCCAGAACCAACAGACUUUCCUUAAAGCACUUCUUUUUGUGAUGAUGGACUUGACUGGAGAGGUUUCCAAUGGAGCAGUUGCUAUGGCAAAAACAACUUUGGAGCAGCUAUUGAUAAGAUGUGCAACUCCUUUGAAAGAUGAGGAAAAAUCUGAAGAGAUUCUAUCAGCUCAAGAAAAGUCUUUCCAUCAUGUAACACAUGAUUUAGUUCGAGAAGUCACCUCUCAUUCUACUGUAAGGAAACAAGCUAUGCAUUCACUUCAGGUGCUGGCACAAGUUACUGGAAAAAGUGUGACUGUGAUUAUGGAACCUCAUAAAGAGGUCCUUCAAGAUAUGGUUCCACCUAAAAAACAUUUACUUAGACAUCAACCUGCAAAUGCCCAGAUUGGCCUGAUGGAAGGAAAUACAUUUUGUACAACUUUACAGCCCAGACUAUUUACAAUGGAUCUUAAUGUGGUAGAACACAAGGUUUUCUAUACAGAGCUUUUGAAUUUGUGUGAGGCUGAAGAUGUUGCUUUAAUGAAGCUACCAUGUUACAAAAGUCUUCCAUCACUUGUACCUUUACGAAUUGCAGCAUUAAAUGCUCUUGCUGCCUGCAAUUACCUUCCUCAAUCCAGGGAGAAAAUCAUUGCUGCACUUUUCAAAGCAUUAAACUCAACAAAUAAUGAGCUUCAGGAGGCAGGAGAGGCAUGUAUGAGAAAGUUUUUGGAAGGUGCUACAAUAGAAGUUGACCAGAUCCACACACAUAUGAGGCCUUUAUUGAUGAUGUUAGGGGAUUAUCGGAGCUUGACAUUGAAUGUAGUAAAUCGUCUUACUUCUGUCACUAGGCUCUUCCCAAACUCCUUUAAUGAUAAAUUUUGUGAUCAGAUGAUGCAACACCUACGCAAGUGGAUGGAAGUGGUUGUUAUCACUCACAAGGGUGGACAGAGGAGUGAUGGAAAUGAAAUGAAGAUUUGUUCAGCAAUUAUAAACCUUUUUCAUCUGAUCCCAGCUGCUCCACAAACCUUGGUCAAACCUCUGCUAGAGGUUGUAAUGAAAACAGAACGGGCUAUGUUGAUAGAGGCUGGCAGUCCAUUCAGAGAACCUUUGAUAAAGUUUUUGACAAGACAUCCUUCUCAAACUGUUGAGUUAUUCAUGAUGGAAGCUACAUUAAAUGAUCCUCAGUGGAGCAGGAUGUUUAUGAGUUUUUUAAAACACAAAGAUGCCAAACCUCUUCGAGAUGUCCUUGCGGCCAAUCCAAACCGAUUUAUUGCCUUAUUAUUACCUGGUGGUACACAAGCAGCUGUGCGCCCUGGCUCUCCUAGCACAAGCACUCUGAAACUUGAUCUUCAAUUUCAGGCUAUUAAGAUCAUAAGCAUUAUAGUUAAGAAUGAUGAAUCCUGGUUGGCAAAUCAACACUCUUUAGUGAGCCAGUUGAGACGUGUAUGGAUCAGUGAAACUUUUCAAGAAAGACAUCGCAAAGAAAAUAUGGCUGCAACAAACUGGAAGGAGCCUAAACUACUGGCUUACUGUUUACUGAAUUACUGCAAAAGAAAUUAUGGAGAUAUAGAGUUGCUUUUCCAGCUGCUUCGAGCCUUCACUGGCCGUUUUCUCUGCAACAUGACAUUCUUAAAGGAAUACAUGGAAGAGGAAAUCCCCAAAAAUUAUAGUAUUUCUCAAAAGCGUGCCUUGUUCUUUCGCUUUGUGGAUUUCAAUGACCCAAAUUUUGGAGAUGAGCUCAAAGCCAAGGUUCUACAACAUAUCCUGAAUCCUGCUUUCUUGUAUAGUUUUGAGAAAGCUGAAGGAGAACAGCUUUUGGGACCACCUAAUCCAGAAGGAGAUAAUCCAGAAAGCAUUACCAGUGUUUUCAUUACCAAGGUGCUUGACCCAGAGAAACAAACUGACAUGUUGGAUUCCCUCAGGAUUUACCUUUUACAGUUUGCCACGCUUCUUGUGGAACAUGCGCCACAUCAUAUCCAUGACAAUAACAAAAACCGGAAUAGCAAAUUGCGUCGAUUGAUGACUUUUGCUUGGCCCUGUCUGCUAUCUAAGGCGUGUGUAGACCCUGCAUGUAAAUACAGUGGUCACUUACUCCUGGCGCACAUCAUUGCUAAAUUUGCUAUACACAAAAAAAUUGUCCUCCAGGUUUUUCAUAGUUUGCUAAAAGCUCAUGCAAUGGAGGCUCGUGCAAUUGUCAGACAAGCAAUGGCUAUUUUGACCCCAGCAGUCCCUGCUCGAAUGGAAGAUGGACAUCAAAUGUUGACUCAUUGGACUAGAAAAAUCAUUGUAGAGGAAGGUCAUACAGUUCCUCAGCUAGUCCACAUUUUGCAUUUAAUAGUGCAGCAUUUUAAGGUUUAUUACCCAGUGAGGCACCAUUUGGUACAGCAUAUGGUGAGUGCCAUGCAGAGAUUAGGCUUCACUCCCAGUGUUACCAUAGAACAAAGAAAAUUGGCCGUGGAUCUGGCAGAAGUUGUUAUUAAGUGGGAAUUGCAAAGGAUUAAGGAUCAGCAGCCGGAUUCUGAUAUAGAUCCAAAUUCAAGUGGAGAAGGUGCCAGUUGUGCCUCAUCUGCUAUUAAAAGAGGACUGUCAGUUGAUUCUGGCCAAGAGGUGAAGCGAUUUAGGACUGCCACUGGAGCAAUGAGUGCAGUUUUUGGAAGGAGUCAGUCAUUGCCUGGGGCUGAUGCUUUACUUGCUAAGCCUAUUGAUAAGCAACAUACAGAUACAGUGGUGAACUUUUUGAUUAGAAUUGCUUGUCAGGUUAAUGAUAACUCCAAUACUGCGGGAUCUCCUGGAGAGUUGUUAUCACGACGUUGUGUUAAUCUCCUAAAGACUGCUUUACGACCAGAUAUGUGGCCAAAAUCAGAACUCAAACUACAAUGGUUUGAUAAGCUUUUGAUGACUGUGGAACAACCUAACCAAGCUAACUUUGCAAAUAUUUGCACUGGUUUGGAAGUCUUGAGUUUCCUGCUAACUGUCCUUCAGUCUCCAGCAAUUCUCAGUAGCUUUAAACCUUUGCAGCGAGGGGUAGCUGCUUGUAUGACAUGUGGAAACACCAAAGUUUUGCGAGCAGUUCAUAGCCUCCUCUCACGCCUAAUGAGCAUUUUCCCCACAGAACCAAGUACUUCAAGUGUGGCUUCAAAAUAUGAAGAGCUUGAAUGCUUGUAUGCAGCAGUGGGGAAAGUUAUUUAUGAAGGUCUUACUAAUUAUGAAAAGGCUACAAAUGCAAAUCCUUCCCAACUCUUUGGUACCUUGAUGAUCUUAAAGUCUGCUUGCAGUAAUAAUCCAAGCUACAUAGAUAGAUUGAUUUCAGUUUUCAUGCGUUCUCUACAGAAGAUGGUUAGAGAACAUUUAAAUCCACAGGCGGCAUCAGGAACUGCAGAAGCUAACACAGCAGGGACAAGUGAACUGGUUAUGUUGAGUUUAGAUCUUGUGAAAACUCGUCUUGCUGUAAUGAGCAUGGAGAUGAGGAAAAAUUUUAUUCAGGCAAUUCUAACAUCACUAAUUGAAAAGUCAACUGAUGCCAAAAUUCUUCGUGCUGUGGUUAAAACAGUAGAAGAAUGGGUUAAAAAUAAUUCCCCUAUGGCAGCCAAUCAGACACCUACACUUCGUGAGAAGUCCAUUUUGUUGGUGAAAAUGAUGACUUACAUUGAAAAACGUUUUCCAGAAGACCUUGAAUUAAAUGCUCAAUUCUUAGACCUUGUUAACUAUGUCUAUAGAGAUGAAAAUCUUUCUGGAAGUGAGCUCACUGCUAAACUAGAACCUGCCUUCCUUUCUGGCUUACGUUGUGCUCAGCCACUCAUCCGAGCAAAGUUUUUUGAAGUCUUUGACAAUUCCAUGAAGCGUCGUGUUUAUGAACGUUUGCUUUAUGUGACUUGUUCUCAGAACUGGGAAGCCAUGGGGAAUCACUUUUGGAUCAAGCAAUGCAUUGAGCUCCUGUUGGCAGUAUGUGAAAGAAACACUACAAUUGGUACAAGUUGUCAAGGCGCUAUGCUCCCAUCUAUUACUAAUGUUAUUAAUCUGGCUGAUAGUCAUGAUCGAGCAGCAUUUGCCAUGGUAACACAUGUCAAACAAGAACCCCGAGAAAGAGAGAACAGUGAAUCCAAAGAAGAGGAUGUGGAGAUAGAUAUUGAAUUGGCUCCUGGAGAUCAGACUAGCACACCUAAAACCAAAGAACUUUCGGAAAAAGACAUUGGUAAUCAAUUACACAUGUUGACCAACAGACAUGAUAAAUUCCUUGACUCUCUUCGAGAAGUUAAGACUGGUGCAUUGCUCAGUGCCUUUGUUCAGCUGUGUCAUAUUUCUACAACAUUAGCAGAAAAGACCUGGAUCCAGCUUUUUGCAAGAUUGUGGAAAAUUCUCUCAGAUCGACAACAACAUGCUCUUGCAGGUGAAAUAAGCCCAUUCUUGUGCAGUGGUAGUCACCAAGUUCAAAGGGAUUGCCAGCCAAGUGCUCUAAACUGUUUUGUGGAAGCUAUGUCACAGUGUGUCCCUCCGAUUCCUAUUAGACCCUGUGUGCUGAAAUACUUGGGAAAAACCCAUAAUCUUUGGUUCCGUUCUACAUUAAUGCUAGAGCAUCAGGCUUUUGAAAAAGGUCUGAGUCUUCAAAUUAAACCCAAACAGACAACUGAAUUUUAUGAACAGGAGAGUAUAACUCCACCUCAACAAGAAAUUUUAGACUCCCUUGCUGAACUUUAUUCUCUGUUACAAGAGGAAGAUAUGUGGGCAGGCUUAUGGCAAAAACGCUGUAAAUUUCCCGAGACAGCAACAGCUAUAGCAUAUGAGCAGCAUGGAUUCUUUGAGCAGGCACAAGAAUCAUAUGAAAAAGCAAUGGAAAAGGCCAAAAAAGAACAUGAGAGGAAUAAUGCGUCUCCUGCUAUCUUCCCAGAAUAUCAGCUUUGGGAAGAUCACUGGAUUCGCUGCUCUAAAGAGUUGAAUCAAUGGGAAGCUUUGACAGAAUAUGGCCAAUCAAAAGGGCAUAUAAAUCCUUAUCUUGUGCUGGAGUGUGCUUGGAGAGUAUCCAACUGGACAGCAAUGAAGGAAGCAUUGGUUCAGGUGGAACUUAGUUGCCCGAAAGAGAUGGCAUGGAAAGUCAAUAUGUAUCGAGGAUAUUUAGCUAUUUGCCACCCUGAAGAACAGCAGCUUAACUUCAUUGAGCGUCUUGUGGAGAUGGCUAGUAGUCUGGCUAUUCGAGAAUGGCGAAGACUUCCUCAUGUGGUUUCUCAUGUUCACACUCCCCUUCUUCAGGCAGCUCAGCAAAUCAUUGAACUUCAGGAAGCUGCACAAAUAAAUGCUGGUUUACAGCCAACUAACUUGGGAAGGAACAACAGCCUCCAUGAUAUGAAGACUGUAGUAAAAACUUGGAGGAAUAGGUUACCUAUUGUAUCAGAUGAUUUAUCUCACUGGAGCAGCAUUUUCAUGUGGAGACAACAUCAUUACCAGGCUAUUGUAACUGCCUAUGAAAAUAGUUCACAGCAUGAUCCCAGUUCCAAUAAUGCCAUGCUUGGGGUUCAUGCAUCAGCUUCAGCCAUCAUCCAAUAUGGAAAAAUUGCUCGGAAACAAGGACUGGUUAAUGUAGCUCUGGAUAUAUUAAGCCGUAUUCAUACUAUUCCUACUGUUCCUAUUGUGGAUUGUUUUCAGAAAAUUCGACAGCAAGUCAAAUGCUACCUCCAGUUGGCUGGAGUCAUGGGCAAAAAUGAAUGUAUGCAGGGCCUUGAAGUCAUUGAAUCCACAAACUUGAAGUAUUUCACAAAGGAGAUGACAGCUGAAUUUUAUGCUUUAAAGGGAAUGUUCUUGGCACAGAUUAACAAGUCUGAGGAGGCAAACAAAGCUUUUUCAGCAGCUGUGCAAAUGCAUGAUGUGUUGGUGAAGGCCUGGGCAAUGUGGGGUGAUUACCUGGAAAAUAUAUUUGUGAAGGAGCGGCAGCUUCACCUUGGUGUAUCUGCCAUCACUUGCUAUUUGCAUGCAUGUCGACAUCAGAAUGAGAGCAAAUCAAGAAAAUACUUAGCCAAGGUAUUAUGGCUCUUAAGUUUUGAUGAUGACAAAAAUACACUGGCAGAUGCAGUAGAUAAAUACUGUAUUGGAGUGCCUCCUAUCCAGUGGCUAGCUUGGAUUCCACAGCUAUUAACUUGUUUAGUUGGUUCUGAAGGCAAGCUUCUUUUGAACCUUAUAAGUCAGGUUGGAAGAGUAUAUCCUCAAGCUGUCUAUUUUCCUAUAAGGACUCUAUAUUUGACAUUGAAAAUUGAGCAGCGAGAACGUUACAAAAGUGAUUCUGGACAGCAGCAACCAAGUUCAGUAGGCAAUCAGUCCCAUUCUGCAUCAGAUCCUGGACCAAUUAGAGCCACAGCCCCAAUGUGGCGCUGCAGCAGAAUUAUGCACAUGCAGAGGGAAUUGCAUCCAACUCUUCUGUCUUCUCUGGAAGGCAUUGUUGAUCAGAUGGUCUGGUUCAGAGAAAAUUGGCAUGAAGAGGUUCUCAGACAGCUUCAGCAGGGCCUGGCAAAAUGUUAUUCAGUAGCUUUUGAGAAAAGUGGAGCAGUUUCGGAUGCCAAAAUCACACCGCACACUCUUAAUUUUGUAAAGAAGUUGGUCAGCACCUUUGGAGUUGGCCUGGAAAAUGUGUCUAAUGUCUCUACCAUGUUUUCCAGUGCUGCCUCUGAGUCUUUGGCUAGACGAGCACAAGCAACAGCACAGGAUCCUGUCUUUCAGAAAUUGAAAGGACAGUUCACAACAGAUUUUGACUUCAGUGUUCCAGGAUCAAUGAAGCUUCACAAUCUAAUCUCCAAAUUGAAAAAAUGGAUCAAAAUACUGGAGGCUAAAACCAAGCAGCUUCCCAAGUUCUUUCUCAUAGAAGAAAAGUGUCGUUUUCUAAGUAAUUUCUCUGCACAAACUGCUGAAGUAGAAAUCCCUGGAGAGUUCUUAAUGCCAAAGCCAACACAUUACUAUAUCAAAAUUGCAAGAUUUAUGCCCCGGGUAGAGAUAGUACAGAAGCACAACACUGCUGCCAGAAGACUCUAUAUCCGUGGGCAUAAUGGGAAGAUUUACCCCUACCUGGUCAUGAAUGACGCUUGUUUGACAGAGUCUCGAAGAGAAGAGCGGGUUUUACAACUUCUUCGCCUUUUGAAUCCCUGUUUAGAGAAGAGAAAAGAAACCACAAAAAGGCAUUUGUUUUUCACAGUUCCUCGAGUUGUGGCAGUCUCUCCACAGAUGCGUCUUGUUGAAGACAAUCCCUCUUCUCUUUCUCUUGUUGAGAUAUACAAACAACGUUGUGCCAAGAAGGGCAUUGAGCAUGAUAACCCCAUUUCUCGUUACUACGACAGACUGGCAACCGUGCAGGCACGGGGGACUCAAGCCAGUCACCAGGUUCUUCGUGAUAUUCUCAAGGAAGUUCAAAGUAACAUGGUGCCUAGAAGCAUGCUAAGAGAAUGGGCUUUGCACACAUUUCCCAAUGCCACUGAUUACUGGACCUUUCGAAAGAUGUUCACAAUCCAGCUAGCACUAAUUGGUUUUGCAGAAUUUGUAUUUCAUUUGAAUAGACUCAAUCCAGAGAUGUUACAGAUUGCACAGGACACUGGCAAACUUAACGUUGCCUAUUUUCGAUUUGAUAUUAAUGAUGCUACUGGAGAUCUGGAUGCUAAUCGUCCUGUACCAUUCCGCCUCACACCUAAUAUUUCAGAAUUCUUGACCACAAUUGGGGUCUCUGGUCCAUUAACUGCUUCUAUGAUUGCUGUGGCUCGGUGUUUUGCACAACCAAAUUUUAAGGUUGAUGGCAUUCUGAAAACAGUGCUUCGGGAUGAAAUUAUUGCUUGGCACAAGAAGACACAAGAGGACACCUCCUCUCCGCUCUCUGCAGCGGGGCAGCCUGAGAAUAUGGAUAGCCAGCAGCUGGUUUCCCUGGUGCAGAAAGCUGUGACUGCUAUCAUGACUCGACUCCAUAAUCUUGCUCAGUUUGAAGGAGGAGAGAGCAAAGUCAACACCCUUGUCGCAGCUGCAAAUAGUCUGGAUAAUCUGUGCCGCAUGGAUCCCGCCUGGCAUCCCUGGCUGUAAUUGGAAAUGUCAGCAGCUGUUUGGCUGCUUGCACUAUGAGCCCAUGCAUUGUUUUAGGAGGAAAAAUGUGAAGAGGUCUUUUUAGACUGGCUUACCUGUCGCUAACUUUUUAAUUUCUUUCCCUGGUUAGUUUCAAAUCAUGUUUACAGAAGUCCUGUGGUUUACUGGGUUUCGAUUUAUUCCCUAAAAUAGUCAUGUGCAAAAGAAGUGAUUUAUUAUGCAGAGAUGGCUUUUAAAACUUUCUCUUAAGAGUUGGGAUGGGAUGGGCAGGGGAGGGUCAGCAAGUUAUAUUUAGAUGAAUUUAGUUUUAGAGAUUUUGCUCUCAAUAAUGGCUAGACAAUUAGAAAUGGCAGAUCUUAUAUCUACUGUAAACAUUUUAAUACCUUUUAAGAAACCAGAAUUCUUCACAUCUGAAUUUCCCUUGUGAAAUUGUUUUCCUUCCGUUGUACGAAUGUACAGUUUGAACUGUUGAUUCAGUACUGUCAAAUAUUAACCCUUUCAGAACUACCCUCACCACCUUACAGGACUGUAUUGGUUUGUACAGAUGUUUGUAACAAGUGUAUAGAAAAAAAACCCUCUUUUGUUAAAGAACCAUAAAAUUAUGAACAAAGUGUGCUGGCUUUUCUCUGAGCACAAGUUUAUGUACAGUGAAAGCAUAACCAGUUUUGGAAAUCUAGCUUAGUGUUUGACAUUAUGUAUAAACAGGGCUUUAUAAUACUAUAGGGAAAAUGCCAUCCCUUCAGACAUUAUGUAUUUGAAUGUAAUUGAUAGAAAGGAUGGUAGAAGUUCUAAAAUGAACCUCCUGGUUGUAUUGGGUGAAUUUUAAGACACUUCUAGACUUCUCUUGUUAGAAUUGCUUCUAAAAAAGCAAUAUUUCUUUUUAACUUAAAAACAAGUUUUAAGUUUACUUGAGUCUUUUAUGUUGUUAGCAUUUUUAUAAAUCUGCAGUGUUGAGAAUGUUCUAUCUAAAUUUGUACAGAGUGAAUUUUUUCAGAAUAAAUAUUUUGUAAAAUGA